CUUGGCGUUUGGCUUUGUUCUUGCAUUGAUCCAUAACUUAUGGGCCCAUAGCUUUGGUAUAAAUUGGUGAGACACCUGAAGCGAAGUCUUCCAGUUCCUGCUCUCCCCCCAACAGUACUGUACAUACAGUCAGCAAUUCUAUUCAGUCGUCAAGAUAUUAUCUACUCCUCGACUUUGCAAAUGAUAUCUACCAGGGCCAACACGAAGCUUUGCUCCCCGAAGCAGGUUGCUCAGCUGACCCGAGCUGUGGCUCCCAUAUACCAAACCAAAUCAUCUAUUCUGGGCUACCCAGCCGGAGUGCGGAUAGCAUGUGCUGCAUAUCAACCUCAACAUUCCUCUACACCCCGAUCCUUCUCGACGACAAGUGUUAGUCGCCUUCGCGACUUCUUCCCCCCUAAAGAAACUGCCUAUAUUCGCCAGACUCCCCCCGCUUGGCCGCACCAUGGCUACACCGAGGCAGAGAUGCUCGCUGUCGUCCCGGACCACCGAGAACCUAAGACACUAGGCGAGAAAUGCGCAUGGAAGCUGAUCAGGGUGUGUCGCUGGGGUAUGGACUUCGUUACCGGCAUGAGACCCGAACAGCAGGUCGACAAGAAGCACCCGACCACUGCUGUGAUCGCUUCCAAACCUCUCACAGAAGCUCAAUGGCUCACUCGCUUCAUCUUCCUGGAAUCAAUCGCCGGCGUCCCGGGAAUGGUUGCCGGCAUGCUGCGCCACCUGAGUAGCCUGCGGCGCCUCAAGCGCGAUAAUGGCUGGAUCGAGACCCUUCUCGAGGAGUCGUAUAACGAGCGAAUGCAUCUCCUCACCUUCAUGAAGAUGUGUGAGCCCGGAUGGCUCAUGAAGGUCAUGAUCAUCGGCGCCCAGGGUGUCUUCUUUAACGCCAUGUUCCUCAGCUACCUCGUCUCGCCCAAGAUCUGCCACCGCUUCGUCGGCUAUCUGGAAGAGGAGGCCGUGCACACCUACACCCGCUGCAUUCGCGAGAUCGAUGCGGGCCUGCUGCCCAAGUGGAGUGACAAGAAGUUCAAGAUCCCCGAGCUGGCCACCACCUACUGGCAUAUGCCCGAGGGGAAGCGGACGAUGAGGGAUCUUAUCCUCUACAUCCGAGCUGACGAGGCCGUCCAUCGCGGUGUCAACCACACACUGGGUAACCUCAAUCAGAAGGAGGACCCCAACCCCUUCGUCAGCGAUUACAAGGGCGGGUAUGAUCAAAAGAAACCGUCCGCCGCGCUCAAGCCGACCGGAUAUGAGCGAGAGGAGGUCAUUGGGUAAAGGAUCGGCGAAGGGCAUCGCGCCACACCUUUUGUAAGAAUUCCAGUUCUGGUUGAACGGCGACGAUUAAUUACCAUGGGCAAGGGAAAGUCUUUGAGUACUUUUGCGGCGUUUUGGGGGACAGGAAAAGGCAGGCAGGCAUGAUACCAGGUCACUCCUCUCCUUGAAAUUCUCAACUUCUGGCU